AAACAUUUCUAUUUGUGCGAAGCUCCCGAACUCUUUGCUUUGUGAAUGUCCACGAAUUCAAUGGUCCAUGGAUUCGACAGUCGCGGGUCGGGCGGCCCCGUCUUGUUCUCCGGCGAAAUUCACCCGUAGACUAUAUAAUGUACGAAAAUCUUAGCUGGAAGCAAAUUUCUGAGUGAAGCUAGGUGCAAGUUGUGCUAUAUAAGCAAUGGAAUCAACUGUUGCUACGGAGAAUAAUAACCUGGAGCCUCGAGAUGAUAUGGAAUUUGAUUCACAUGAUGCAGCCUAUGAGUUCUAUAAAGAAUAUGCAAAAUCAGCGGGUUUUGGCACCGCCAAAUUGAGUAGUCGUCGUUCUAGGGCAUCCAAAGAGUUUAUUGAUGCAAAGUUUUCAUGCAUAAGAUAUGGAAACAAACAGCAGUCUGAUGAUGCAAUCAACCCUAGGCCUUCUCCUAAGAUAGGUUGUAAAGCUAGUAUGCACGUGAAGAGAAGGUCGUCGAAUGGGAAGUGGUAUAUUCAUAGUUUCGUAAAAGAACAUAACCAUGAGCUUUUACCAGCUCAAGUGCACUUUUUCAGAAGCCACAGGAAUGCUGAUCCACUUAAGAAUGACGCAAAAGUUCGAAGGAAAAAGAUGUUGGCUUCUGUAUCAAAACAGUACGGUGCAUACCAAUUCUCUGGUAAUCUGGAAAAUCUUUUCAGGAAUCAACAUGACAGAGGUCGAAGUUUGACUUUAGAAGAAGGAGGUGCGCAGGUCUUGCUUGAAUUUCUUGUGCAAAUGCAGGAAGAGAAUCCAAAAUUUUUCUAUUCCGUGGACUUAAAUGAGGAGCAUCGAUUGAGGAAUGUUUUCUGGGUUGACGCCAAAGGCAUGGAUAAUUAUUCCAAUUUUGGUGACGUGGUGUCAUUUGAUACUACAUACUUCACAAACAAAUACAAAAUACCUUUGGUUCUCUUCAUUGGAGCAAACCAUCACAUUCAACCCACCUUACUAGGUUGUGCACUAAUUGCUGAUGAGACAGUGCAUACGUUCAUAUGGUUGAUGCGGACAUGGUGUCUGGCAAUGGGUGGACGAGGUCCAAGAAUUUUGUUGUCUGAUCAAAACGACAACAUCAAAGCAGCUGUUGGAGCAAUCUUUCCGGACACCGGGCACUACUUUAGUCUGUGGAGUAUAUUGGAGAAGAUCCCAAGGCAUCUUGAAUAUCUCAGUCUGUGGCAUGAUACAUUUAUGGCAAAAUUUACUAAGUGCAUAUAUAGAUCAUGGACUGAAGAACAAUUUGAACACAGAUGGUGGAAGUUGAUUGAAAAGUUCAAUCUUAGAGAGUACGAGUGGGUUCAAUCAUUAUAUGAAAAUCGCAAGCUUUGGGUGCCUGCUUUUAUGAGGGAUGUAUCUUUUGCCAGUUUAUCCACGGCUUCAAGAUCCGAAAGCAUGAACUCUUUCUUUGACAAAUAUAUCCAGAGUGAAACGUCUCUUAGAGACUUUAUUGGACAACAUAAGCUAAUCCUUGAAGACUGGUAUGAAGAGGAAGCCAAAGCUAAUUUUGAUGCAUGGCAUGAGAUGCCUGAGCUUAAGUCUCCCUCGCCCUUCGAAAAACAGAUGUUGCUCAUAUAUACUCAUGAAAUAUUCAAGAAGUUCCAAGUUGAAGUAUUAGGAGCCGCUGCAUGCCAUCUAAAAAAAGAAUCAGAAGACGGCACAUCUAUAACAUAUGCUGUCAAAGAUUUUGAUGCAAAUCAGGACUUCAUGGUGGAGUGGGAUGCGCCGAGGUCGGACAUAUACUGCUCAUGCCAUUCAUUUGAGUACAAAGGUUACCUUUGUAGACAUGCUAUUGUGGUUCUUCAAAUGUCUGGUGUCUUCAAUAUUCCGUCUAAGUAUAUAUUGCAACGCUGGACCAAUGCUGCCAUGAGCAGGCAUUCCAUAAGUGAAAGACUGGAAGAUGUGCAAGCUAAAGUCCGUCGCUACAAUGAUUUGUGCCGACGGGCAAUAAUAUUGGGUGAAGAGGGAUCACUGACUCAGGAAAGUUACAGCAUCGCUGUUGGUGCCAUUAAAGAAGCCUUAAAACAGUGUGCAACUGUUAAUGUCACUUUUGAGGCUAAUCUUAGAUCAGGCAGUUGUGCUAACCUUGCUAUCCAAGGUGUUAAUGAAGUAUGUCAAGGAAAUAGUCUUGCAGCUAGAGAGCUAAUGCCUUACAGUAGAGCGGCCCAGACAAGCAAGGGUUCUAAAAGAGCAGAUCCUGGAAAAGAAAGGGAAAACAAUGACAACACUUAUAAUAAAAAAGGAAAGGUGACUUUGGAGCCAGAAAUUCCUAACGGUGCACAAGGUGUCUUUCACCAAAUGGAUAUGCCUGGUAGCCUGGAUUAUCCAACCUUGUACCCCAGAUUAACAACACUGUUAAGAGGUGGUGACAUUAACAAAAGAAGUGUGGAAUUGCUCGGAGAGAUGUUGGAGUAACAAAAAUUUAGGGUCAUAUAUCAUGGAUUGGUGGAGGAACAAUUGGUGUUUUUUAAUUGGGGUGUUCUCAAAGUGGAAAAGAUGCAGGAUCGGAAGAUUGAAGAAAUGAGAUGCUUAAUGCAUGUACGGGCAUCUGCAAUUACACAAUUAAAUAUGUCAAAUGUGAAAGUAACUAGCUCUAAUAAUCUCCAAGCCCCGAGAUUCCCUGUUUUUUGGUGUUGCAGUGUGAAAGGCUCUGCAACUAUGUGAAAAUGGUAAGGAGGAAAGUGGUUGGGGGUGGGGGUGGGGGUGGGUUGUUAUAAUGUUAAUGUUGCUUUGGAAUUAGAAUCUUCAGUCUUGUUGAGCUUAUCAACUCAUACUAGACCCAAGUUUGGCAAGGAAGGUCGGCUCGAGGUGUGUUUUUCUUCUUCAAGAAAACUGACCCACAGCUUCUUUGUCAGUAGUUUCAGAUACAUACUCCAUGGACCGCUAGGCGAUGUGUUUUGUGGGUUUAGCUUCCCCUCCCGUCCUAUUGUCUAUGUAUAGUGAGGUCACUUAGUUGAUUCCAACUAGUUUGGGAUCGAGGCAUAGAUGGUGUUGUUCUUAUUGGUUUGUUACAGUUUAUGGCCAGGUGAAGGUUUCGACGAGGGAAGAAUUCAAGUUAAUAUACAUUGAUAGUGUAAAUUGGAAAGAUUUCUUACUCUUAUUGGCGGAUUUUAACUUGUGAUAGAUACCAUGUUAGGGGUAAAGGUUUGCGUACACGUUAACCUCCCCAAACUCCACCUGUGGGAUUACAUUUGGUUUGUUGUUGUUGUUGAUAGAUACAAUGUUAAUUUUCUUACCAGGUCACAAUUAACCUGGUUGUAUAAAUAUUGUUUAUGUCGUUAUUGUAUGGAACUUAAACUCUUCUAAGAAAAAGAAUGUUUAAAGCCAAUUUGUAACAUUACUCCUA